AUGCUCCGAUUAAUACCUACACGUCCGAGUAUUAGCUCCUCGCUCUUCCCAUCCAGUCGACGUACCAUGCACAAGCAACACGCCCUGCCGGCAGCCUAUUACCGAGGUGGCACCUCGCGAGCCAUCUUCUUCAAGCAAGACGACCUCCCCCACGACACAAAAGACUGGGAUUCUAUUUUCCGCGGGGCUAUCGGCAGUCCUGAUCCCUAUGGCCGGCAGCUCGACGGCCUCGGGGGUGGAAUUUCAAGUCUAUCGAAGGUGUGCGUAGUCGGCAAGCCGACACACCCCGACGCGGAUGUUGACUACACCUUCGUGUCGCUGGGCGUCAAAAACACAGACGUCGAUUAUUCCAAGAACCUCGAUAUGGCGUCAGUUCGCAUCCACAACACUAAUACCGGCAAGAUCAUACACGCUACGUUUCCGAUCGUUGAUGGUGAGGCUGCAUCCACUGGUAACUUCUCUAUUGACGGAGUUGCGGGGACGGCAGCACGUAUCCAAUUGGACUUUAUCAAUCCGGCUGGCUCGGUUACCGGUAAACUAUUGCCAACAGGCCAAGCUAUCGAUACAUUUGAUGGCAUUCCUGUGACUUGUAUCGAUGCAGCCAACCCUUGCGUCUUUGUAAGGGCAUCGGAUCUUAGAGUGGAUGGUAAUCUGACUCCAGAUGAAAUCAAUGCCCAGCCUGAUCUACUCCCACGAUUGGAUUCCAUACGGCGCCAGGCCGGUGUGAAAAUGGGCCUUGCAGAGACUCCCAUGGCUGUGACCGGAAGUAUACCAAAGAUAUGUCUAGUUGCUGCACCUUCUGUUUCGGAUUCGAGAGAUGUUGAGCAAAAGCAAACAAAUGGCGAUAUUGAUCUUCUGGCUCGGGCCUUGUCUGUUGGUCAGCCACAUAAAGCAGUUCCCAUCACCGUUGCUCUGGCUUUAGCUGCCGCCGCGCGAGUAUCUGGGAGUACGGUCGCCCUUUGUAUUGCCGGUAAAGAUCCCAUCGAUGGUGCGGGUAUUACAAUUGGUCAUGCUAGUGGGAACUUGUUGGUUGGUGCCAACUUUGACGCCGAUGGUGCACUUGCAUCGGCAACUGUCUUUCGCACAGCCCGUCGACUAUUCGAAGGUCGGGUAUUUUGGAAGAAAGAGGACUGA